AUGCUCUGGGUUCAGGUCGUCAUCGGCGUCAUCUUGGCCCUCGCGCUUCUCGCUUCGUUGCGGUCGAUCCAUCACCUGCGCCACCGCCCCCACCGCAUCAUGAGCUACAAGUACCCUGCGCCGUGGGCGUACCAUGUGCAUUUGGCCUUCCGCGUCGCCAUGGUCGGCCUCUACAUCGCAGUGCUCGUCGUCGAGACCGGGUACCUCGGGACAAAGACGAUCUCGUACUACACGGUCUGGAACUUUAUCCUCCAAGGUCUCUACUAUCUCUGGGCCAUCAAGUACCAGCUUGGGACGGCGCGGCGCUCAACGGCCUCUUUGACAUUUGCUUUGCGAAUUCGCUUUUGGUGAUUGUCGUCUACUGGGGUCUCCUCUACAACC